AUGAGGAUCGCUGCCCUGGCAGUGCUAGACCUGCGUUUAGGGGCAUUCUUUGCUGGCUUAGCCCAACUAUGGGUCAGCUCCGAGGUCGUGCCCAUCGCGCUCGCCGGGCAGUGUUUGGUUUGGCUGGAAGACGUUGGAUACCUCAGCUCAAGUACUCCCAUUAAAAACAAUUUUUUUGCGAUAUCCUCACAAAGCAUAGGUGGAAAAUUUGCAGUGGUGAAGAAGUGUAUCCAGAAAGACACUGAAAGAGAGUUUGCAGCAAAGUUCAUGAGAAAAAGAAGAAAGGGCCAAGACUGUCGGAUGGAAAUAAUUCAUGAAAUUGCAGUCCUUGAGCUGGCACAAUGCAACCUUUGGGUCAUUAACUUGCAUGAAGUUUAUGAAACUGCAACUGAGAUGAUUUUAGUCCUGGAAUAUGCUGCUGGAGGUGAAAUCUUUGACCAGUGUGUGGCUGAAAGAGAGGAAGCCUUCAAAGAAAAAGAUGUUAAACGACUUAUGAAGCAGAUCUUAGAAGGAGUUUCAUUCUUGCACAGAAAUAAUGUGGUUCAUCUUGACUUAAAGCCCCAAAAUAUUCUAAUAACCAGUAAGUCCCCUCUGGGAGACAUUAAGAUAGUAGAUUUUGGCCUCUCCAGAAUAAUGAAGAGCAGCGAGGAACUAAGAGAAAUUAUGGGAACUCCAGAAUAUGUAGCUCCUGAAAUUCUGAGUUAUGACCCAAUCAGUACAGCAACCGACAUGUGGAGCAUUGGAGUACUAGCAUAUGUUAUGCUAACAGGAAUAUCGCCUUUCUUAGGGGAUGAUAAACAAGAAACAUUCUUAAAUAUAUCACAAAUGAAUGUAAGUUACUCUGGAGAAGACUUUGACCUCAUAUCAGAGUCUGCUGUGGAUUUUAUCAAAACUUUGCUGGUUAAGAAACCUGAGUAA